AUGUCCAAUUCCAAAUAACCGUUGGAAACAGAACAUGCAUAUAUAUAGUUAAUAGUCUUCUGAAUCUGAUAUCUUUCCUUACUUCCUCGUCAACAAUCAUUGUUCAUUCGGCGAAUUAUCCUAUUCAACCACUCAUUGCCUUUCGAUCUCUCUCUCUCUCCUGCGACACAACAUCUCAUUCUAAAUUCCCUUCAAUUUCAUCUCUCACACAUCCAUACCUCUUCAAACCAUAAAAAAAAAUUAAAAUAAUUCACCUUUUCGCGUUAAUAAGUCACUUCCCAAAUCGUCAAGGUGCUUCCUUUUCCUCACCUCUGAUUUCAUAUUUGCCUCAGAAACAUUUCCGCAACUGGGUUUUUCAAGAGCUCUCUAACGUGCGGAAUCCGAUUAAGAUCAUCUUUCUCUUAUUCUAUUGAUGGUGUGAUGAGUCUCAACUCUCUAGUAAGGAGCUUGUUGGAUUGAAAAAGGAACUUGUGUGGGUUAGCAGAUGGUUGGUUGUGAGGGACUGUGGGGGGUUCUUAUGAAGAGUUCUGGAACUACUGAGUUGAAUACCUUUUACCCCAUUAAAGCAGAAUGCCAAGCUGAUGUUCCAGCCACUCGAUUUAAACCAAGGGCUGGCAAAACUCUAAGUCAAAGAAGAUGGCAGGCAUCAUUCUCCCAAGAUGGUCACUUGGAUAUUGCAAAAGUGCUAAGACGAAUACAGAGAGGGGGUGUCCAUCCUUCAAUCAAGGGGGAAGUGUGGGAGUUCUUGCUAGGUUGCUAUGAUCCUAACAGUACACUUGAAGAACGGAAUGAGCUCAAGCAACGCAGGAGGGGGCAGUAUGAUAUGUGGAAAGCUGAAUGUCAAAAGAUGGUCCCAGUCAUUGGUAGUGGAAAAUUUAUUACAACACCCCUCAUUGAUGAUGAAGGCCAGCCAAUAGAUCCUUCUAUGGUAGGCGUCCAGACUUCAGAUAAGAAAGUUGUGCAGUGGAUGCAAUUAUUACAUCAGAUUGGUCUGGAUGUUCAUCGAACAGAUCGAGCACUUGAAUUUUAUGAGACUGAAGCUAAUCAAGCAAAACUCUUCGAUGUUCUAGCAGUUUAUGCUUGGUUGGACAAUGAUAUUGGUUAUGUACAAGGAAUGAAUGAUAUUUGCUCACCUUUGAUUAUUCUUGUUGAGAAUGAAGCAGAUUGCUACUGGUGCUUUGACCGUGCAAUGCGAAGGAUGAGAGAGAACUUCAGGUGCAGUGCAAGUUCAAUGGGUGUCCAAUCUCAGUUGGCUACACUCUCACAGAUAAUGAAAACAGUUGAUCCAAAGCUUCAUCAUCACCUUGAGGAUUUAGAUGGAGGAGAAUAUCUCUUUGCAUUUCGCAUGCUUAUGGUUCUUUUCCGAAGAGAAUUUUCUUUUGCAGAUACUUUGUAUCUUUGGGAGUUGAUGUGGGCCAUGGAAUACAACCCAUACAUCUUCACAAAAUAUGAGGAUCCAGAUCAUGCAAAAACAAAAGGCCCCUUGCCUCCAACAAACGACAAACAUUUGAAGCAAUAUGGAAAAUUUGAGAGAAAAAAUGUGAAGACUGGGCAUACAGAGGAAAAUAGUGCACUGUCUGUUUUUCUUGUUGCAAGUGUUCUUGAGAUCAAGAAUAGGCGGAUUUUAAAUGAGGCCAAGGGCGUGGACGAUGUUGUCAAGAUCUUGGGAGACAUAACCUCAAAUCUUGAUGCUAAAAAAGCACUUAAUGAAGCACUGAAAAUUCAGAAAAAAUACCUAAGCAAGGCCAAGAAGGGAUGACAAAGACAACAAUAGAUUUUCUGUAACUACAUGAUGGCAGCUGUGUUUGCAUGAUCUUCUGAGGUUUCAGUUGCUCUUGACAGACCAUUGUUUUCUUUCUUUCAUUCUUUUUUUUAGUCUCUUAGUGAUGGCAAGCAGUCCCUGCUCUGCCUGUGUUGAAAAUCAAAUUAUAAUCUUAUACAUGAAAAAAAAAAAUACUUCGUUAUUGAUGUCUGGAGAUCUAGAGAACCAGAAUACGUCAGCUUUCAUAUUGUAGAAUUAUUUUAUAGGUAAGAAAGAUCUUCUCUUCCUCAAUGAGGGACAUUUAUGCUAUCAAAUCAAAACUGAUAAAAUUGUAAAGUAUUUUUUUAA